AUGGUGGGAGAGUGCUCUAAACAGAACACAUUCAUGAUGGAGGAUGAAAUUCAGCUGUACAUCAAUUGGGAUGAUGUCAAAUGCCCCAUCUGCCUCGACUCCCCGCACAACGCCGUUCUCCUCCAGUGCUCAUCUAACGGAAACGGGUGCCGCUCGUUUGUGUGCGACACGGACCACUUGCACUCAAACUGCCUCAACCGCUUCAGACAAGCCAAUGGGAUGCCCUCUGGCCCGAAACUGCCAAGCAUCGCCGAGAAUCUGCAGUCACUAGAUUCGCCACCCGACUGCAAGCCCGCGUGUCCCCUGUGCAGGGGAGAAGUGUCUGGAUGGAUAGUGGUCGACAAGGCCCGUGCACACCUGGACGAGAGAAAACGGUACUGUGAGGAGGACAAGUGUCGUUUCUCAGGGACCUUCAUAGAGCUCCGGAAGCACGCGCAGAUCGAGCACCCGUACUCUUGCCCUUCGAAAAUCGACCCGGCCCGCCAGCUGGACUGGGAGAACUUCCAGCAGUCGUCUGAGAUUAUUGACGUCUUGAGCACUAUACACUCAGAAAUCCCACACGGGGUGGUUUUGGGGGAUUACAUUAUAGAAUACGGGGAUGAUAACUCGGGGGAUGAGUUUGACGAUUUUCAUGGGCCCGAGAGGAACUGGUGGACAUCUUGCAUUUUGUAUCAAGUGUUUGACAAUUUCAGGGCGUCCAGGAACAGAAGGCGGUCGAGGGUGAGCGACUCAAGGAGGGUCUGGACCCACCGGAUAAGUUAUGAUGCCUCAUAUUCGGCUGAGGGUUCAGUGUCAUCCAUGGAGUAUGUGGAUUAUAGGGGGGACGAGGCUGAGGCUGAUUUUGUGAACUCGAGGAGGAUGUCUAGAGGAAGGGCUCGACAAAGCUCAAGAAGGCGCCGUUUCCGUAUUCGUGACAACUAG